UGAUUUUCUAUUUUAUUUUUUAUUUUUUGUCUUACAUAAAUUAACCAGCCUCGCCCGUUACAUAUUCCUGCGCAGACGUUUUGAUUGUGGAAUCAGAUCAUGGCGAAGGCUACACAAGAGCUAAAAUAUAAACGGCUCAAGGUUGGACAUGCAUGUUAUGUUUGUCGAAGCAAAAAGAUAAAAUGUGAUGGGCUCAGACCAUGCAUGCAGUGCAAAGCUCGUGGUAGAAACUGUCAACCCUCCAGUUCUGACACAGUACACACUCCAACCGAACAAGGAUCAGAGAAUGGUCAAGAUGAAUCAAAGAAUAACAGUAUUAGCCCUGACGAUGAAUCUAUUUUAUUCUCAAAACCGAAAACUUCUGCCAUUGCUACGAAACGAUUGAAAGACAUGGACACGUGGACUCACAAUGCUGGUCAGUUUUGCUCUGAGAAUUACAGAAAAAACCAGAAGUUAGGUGAAUAUCCUAUUUUUGGUCGCUUUGUUCGUUGGAGGCACGAACCACCUUUGCCUUCCACGUAUUCUGUACCUAUCGAAAUGCCUCCCAUUGAAAUGCAGAUGCAUUUGAUACACCAGUUUUUUGAAACCAAAUAUAUGAUCUCACCUGUAAUACCAAAACGUUUAUUCUAUGAACAAUUGCGUAUUAAGGGGCCUUUAAUUACUCCAUUAUUAUUGAAUGCUAUUUAUUGUAUAUCCAGCUCAUUCGGCACAAUGAAAAAUGCUCCAAAACCUGUGGUGUUCUUUAAUCGCGCUAUAAAACUUUUGGAUGAUUUUUUGGAUACGCCACGAGUCAGUACAGUGGCUGCUCUGUACCUUCUCGCAAGUUUUGAAACACACCCGGCUACUGAGCAACAUUGUCGAUCUUGGGUGUAUAACGGGAUGGCCUGCCGUAUGUGUCUUGAACUAGGCCUGAAUAUGGAUUCUGCCCAAUCUCGACAAGAUAUGUCUGAAGAAGGUAUUGAACUUCGGCGGCGUGUUUUUUGGUCAUGUUACUGUCUAGAUAAAUUACAAGCUGCUGAAAGAGAAAGAUUAUGGGCUUUACCUUCUUCCUUGACUACAACAGCUUUACCAAAUUCACUUCCAGGUGAUGACGAACAUGACAAAUGGGUUCUCUUCAUCUUUCAACUAAAGAUCAAGAUAGGUUUGAUUGGUGAAGAAGGUUUACAAAUUCGAGCUUCUUAUGCUAUACGCGAAGACAUCACAGAAGAACAAUUUCAUGCACAGCUCAUCGGUUAUUAUAACAAGUUAGUUCAAUGGCGAGAAAACUUACCGACACCUGAGCUAUGGAAUUUCAAGCAUUGUGAAACUAUUGAAGAAGUCUUUAGCGAAAGAAAAAAGCCACAACAUGUUGGUUAUUUACUUGUGAUAUAUUAUUUUAUGCUCUGUGAUACCCUAUCUUGUCUUCCUUACGACCCAAAUAUGGCUCUUGAACAUCGGAUUUGCGCAGCUCUGUUGAUUCGACAUGUUGAAGAUUUAUGUAAUGAUUCGCACGCCGUCCUUCGGUAUGAAUUCCUGGGCCAUAUCAUCAUAGCCGCUAUUCGUGUGCAUGCUAUGUAUUUAGAUAGUCCAGACCCUGUAAUCGCACGUCAAUCAUGGGAACUGUACAACCAAUGUGUUCGUGUUUUAGAAAAAUUAGGAAUCCUUGCGAUGAUUCCUGAAUGUGCGUCUGUUCUUCAGCAUAUUGCUACUGUUAGUCAGCAGGCCAGAGCUGAGAGGCAGCAACAACAACAGCAGCAACAGGAAACGGCAGGGAAUUUGUCUACCCAAACGCAGAAUUUAGAUGAUGUGGCUCCUCCUUUCGCCUUCAAAGACCAUAAUCCUCAAUAUGCCGGUGAGUACAACUUACGGCUGGAACAGCAGCAGACAAUUGCUCAAUUCAGGACACAUCAAGGAUAUGAAGAGCCCUACAGAGGAAGUUCACAGGCUGAUCAGUCAUUUCCGAAUCUUAUCGGUAGCUCUUUGCAGAGAGCGAUUGUAGCUUUCGGAGAAAGUUUCGGUAUGAUUAGAACUGACCAACAAGACAAUUGGAACUACGGCAUGGAAAAUCCUCAACAGCAGCAACAGACCUCAGAAGAAAGUAUAUCACAACAUAUGGGUACAUCAAGCGGUAACCGUUCUGAAUGGCAAGGUUCCCGUGCACACAAUCUUGUUACUCAUAAUGCUGCCUCUGAAUAUCAGCAACAGCAACAGCAACAGCAAUCAUCACAACCACAGUUACCAUCACACCUUCCAAAGACACAGCUACCAUUGCGGUCUGUACAGCAAACGCAAUCAGAACAGUUACAGCAACAACAGCCAACCGCUCCUCAACAAUUUCACGGUCAGCUUCCUAUAUCCUAUGCAGCCUCUCCAACUUCUAUUGUUCCGCCUAUUCCCUAUCCUCCUUCUGUUACGAAUGUUAUAGACAAUAAUGGAAUUGUUACUUAUGUACCGCAAAUCUCUUCAACCCACAAUGUACAGCAAAAUCUGAGCAAUGCUACACUUUCACGUGCAGAUAAUCUCGAUCCCAAUCAUAACAAUAAUAACACAGCUAACAAUAAUAACAUUAGAAAUCCUCCAAUUUGCUGUUCAAGUUUACCGACUCACAUUGAUAAUAUACAACAACACACAUUUUACUCAAAUUAAAACACCUACGCUAUGUCAUUGCAUUCUCUUGUUGUAUUAUACAUAUUUCUUCCUAUUUAAUAAUGCAAUUUUAUUUUAGAAUGGAAUAGAAUACCUGUCAACAUCAUUUACACAUUAGAUACAGGAGACAGCCAUUUCUCUUACGAUUUGUACAUAUAUUCAC